GAGUAUCGUAAGGCCAGUGUUGAAACGCGCGCGGCUGUACGCGCACGUCCUGUGCGUCGCGAAAAAAAAACAACAUUGACAUUUCGUUCCCGCUUUUUCGCAGUGUUUUCAGUGAACUGUCAAAUUCAACAAACAGUUUUUUUUAUUAGUCAAUUGUGUUCCUUUUUUUGAUAAUAAUAAUAAAAGUGUGUGACAAAUUGGGUUUUUGCCAAACAGUUUGACAUUUCAUUGCACGAAAAAAAUAAAUUACAACAUUUAAAUAAGUCAUGAUUAUUAAUAAUGGAUAAAUUAGUGAAGAAUGUGAAAUCUUGGGGUACCCCCAGAAGCAGUGAGGAGUUGUCUAAGAGCCAGUACUCAUUGGUGUCGACUGAUCUGACUGAUGGAGCUGUGCAGUUGUGGUUUGGGCUCCCCGAUGAGGUCAAAUAUGAUCCGGCCUUAUCGCAGUUCCGGCAUCACUACGAGAAGGAGCAUGGUGGUCAAAGAUCGAAAAUCAAGAGGGAUCCGGGAUCGAUUGACCCAUCACGACGGCUUCCCUGCGUCAACUCUGCGCCUCACCUGAACAACAACACUGUGAUCAAAAAAGAAGAAGUCAGCUUCUUGAAUGGGAAGGACUCCUGCUCAGGAGGUGGAGAAAAGCAAGAGAAAUUAAUUGAAGAUGAACUACCACCGCCAAAAAAGAAAUCAAAGGCAGCCCAAGCUAGUCAUUGCGUGAAGUUAACUAUAUUAGUAAUGUGCUGGAUCUUCUUCACCGUUAUAUUUCUAAUGUACAAUGAAAAGGAAACUAUAGUACGACAUUCGUCAGUCGCACCGGGAGAAGUUAAAAGUUAUGCCAUAAACUCUGAAUUGGAAGAUCUAUCGAUACUCCUAAAAUUUACUGGACCAUUUGUUUCGGAACAAAAUGAGAAGAAAAUCAACGAUACCACAGAUAUGCCGAAGAUGAAAGUUUGGAUUGAGAGGUGGGCAGUGAAGAACAGCGACAAGGGGGCUCAGCAGCAAGCUGGACUUACUUUACAGUCAUCGGACACCUGGUCUAUCAUCCUAGACCCAGAAGACCGAAUAGACUUCACCCAGGGCGAGACUCGAUCCACCAUCCUAACCCUGGAGUCCACAGAGCCCAGAAGACGAGCAUCGGAGUCAAACCACACAAUGUUCGCAAUCAGGAUGAUGACCAAUGCCAAUACAACGACACCCUUUACUUUUACCUACACUGUAGACCCCUUGCAGCUUAAGGAGGGGGUUAUAUAUGCCUGUAUCUUGUUGUGUGCUCUCUACGUGCUGAUUAUUUUUGAGGCAAUUAACAGGACGAUGGCAGCGGUCCUGGUGUCCACCACAUCCAUAGCUGUCCUGGCCCUGGUUGGUGAGCGACCCUCGCUCCCGGAACUCAUCUCCUGGCUGGACGUGGAGACCCUGCUGCUGCUGUUCAGCAUGAUGGUGCUGGUCGCCAUCAUAGCUGAAACUGGACUCUUUGACUAUCUGGCGGUUUUCACUUUUGAGGUCACAAAAGGCAAGAUUUGGCCGUUGAUCACUCUCCUCAGUGUGAUCACAGCUUUCAUAUCUACGUUCUUGGAUAAUGUGACCACGGUGCUACUCAUGACACCGGUUACCAUCAGAUUAUGUGAGGUGAUGGAUUUGGACCCGAUCCCCGUUUUGAUGUCCAUGGUACUGUUCAGUAACAUUGGUGGUACCAUGACGCCAGUGGGGGAUCCGCCGAAUGUCAUCAUAGCGAGUAAUAAGCAGGUCGUGCAAUCUGGUGUGAACUUCACGAACUUCACUCUGCACAUGUCGUUCGGUAUCCUGGUGGUGUGUGUCCAGACUUACUUCCAGUUGAGGUACAUCUUCAGGGACCCCAAGAAACUCAGGCUGAACGAACCGAGAGAUAUCAAAGAUCUUAGACACCAGAUCUCAAUAUGGAGAAGAGCAGCAGACUCCCUCCCAUACUUAAGUAAAGAUGAGAUAAUAGUAAAAGAGAGAUUGGAGAGGAAGAUAAGAAAACUCAAUGUGAAGCUGGAAGCCCUCAUCAAGGAGUCGAAGACCAGAGCCUGUCCUAAGGCGUGCUUCCAAAGUAUGCUGUCCGAAAUGAAAGGCAAGUAUAUGAUCAAAGACAAAGUUCUGCUUGUCAAGUGCUCCGUGGCCAUCAUAUUCGUGGUGCUGGUCUUCUUCCUGCACUCCAUACCCGAGUUCAAUCGAGUGUCACUCGGUUGGACAGCCCUAUUGGGGGCCCUUCUACUAUUAGUGUUAGCAGACCGUGAAGACCUGGAACCGAUCCUGCACAGGAUAGAGUGGUCCACUCUGCUGUUCUUUGCUGCUCUCUUUGUGUUGAUGGAGUCUUUAUCAAAACUAGGUCUAAUAGAGUUCAUUGGAGGCAUCACAGAAGGGCUUAUAAUGCAAGUCGACGAGAGCGCGCGCCUGGCUGUGGCUAUCCUGCUCAUGUUAUGGGUCUCAGGUAUAACAUCAGCCUUCGUGGACAACAUACCCCUCACUACCAUGAUGGUGAGAAUUGUGACGUCACUCGGUAACAAUCCCACGCUCAACCUGCCGAUGACACCGCUCAUAUGGGCGCUCUCCUUCGGAGCCUGUUUAGGAGGUAACGGCACGCUAAUCGGCGCCAGCGCAAACGUCGUAUGCGCGGGGGUGGCAGAACAACACGGCUACAAAUUCACAUUCAUGCAAUUCUUUAAAAUCGGCUUCCCCGUCAUGAUCGGUCAUCUCAUUGUGGCUUCGUUCUAUCUAUUACUCUGCCAUUGUCUUCUAGAAUGGCAUUAACAGAAGAAUUGUAAUAUAUGGUAGAAGAAUCAGCCUUCAGGGUCCAGAGUACUUAACUUUGGGAGUUUUAAGCAAAGGCCUCAAUUGCCUAAGCUGGGAUAUAAUCGUCAAAUUUUUGUUGCCUCAUCUGGGCGAAACAGUCACCUUUUUAGCCUAAAUUAGGCAAAGUCCUCGACAUGAAAUUUGUUCAGUUAUGCCUAAUAAUAUCAAAAGGAAAGGUUUUCUGAGCUUAAACUGUCCCACGGCUGGAAAAGCAUACUUAAGAAGAAAAUUUUAUCACAUCUGUGAUUGGUGUUUUGAGUUUAUUUAUUAUAUAACAUGUGUUACUUACUUACAAAUUCAUCUAAAAACAAUUCAAGACCAAUAUAUACUUGGAAUUUCACCCAAAUUGUAAUUUCUUCCUAAAUUUAUUUUUUAGUGUCAUGGGGUCAACCCCAACUAUCUUUGUGCUUAUCCAGAAUUAUUGCUUUUUUGUUCAGAAAACUUUUUAUUACUAUUUGUUUUGGUCGUUUUACUGUUUUUGAUUUUUACUAAUUUACCUGAUUUAUUUGACUAGAUUUUAUAGUCCGUCCCCAAAAUCUUGUACUUAUGUAUAAAUUGUAAGAUUUUGACUGUUUUAGUCGUUGACGGCUCUGAAUUUUGUAGCUUUAUGUGGCGAUAUUCAUAUUAACAUCGUUUAAGACAAAAUAAUUUGGGUUAUUUUGAGUGUCCAAAAUUAAGGUUUUUGUUAAAACUACUAGAUCAUCUUCUAAAAUGUUUAUCUUACAAAAUAUAUUUAGAAAGUAUAUACAUACAUACAUUUUAGUUCAAAAAGACAUUAUUUAAGAAUAUUCUAUUUUGAAGUUGCAUAUUUCCUCUCUCUCUCUCUUACAUUAGCGAUUUGACAAAAGUGUGAGAGAGAUAGAAAUAUGAAAACUCAAAUGAAGUUGAACUAGUUUUAGAUUUGAAAUCUUUAUAACUAUUAUUUAGAAUUUAACCAAAUUAGUCUAACCUUUUGGCUUAUUUAGCCGCGUACAAUUAUAUAGUGUGAUAUUUCAGUAUUUUUAGAACAAAAAAAAUAUUGUAAGUUUGAUUUACUAAAGAAUAGGAUACAUAUUGUAUUAUUAAGUAAUACAGAGUUAUUUGGAAAGACUUAGUUAAACGGAUUGUUACUGUGCCUAUUUUAUACCUAUUUUUUUUUUUAAUAAAAGUGCGGGCUCUUCGAAAAUGAUCCAACGGGAACAUACUAUCGGAAAAAAAAACCAACGUAGUAAUCCAGUAAAUAAGCUAUCUGUCUACCAAAUUCUAUCCAAAA